AUGACGAUUGAAAAUAAAGAUUCAAAAGCUAUUCAAAUCGAUACUCCCUUAAAAUCUCCGGUAUUCCCGAUGAACCUUUCGGACCCUCCAGAAAAGAAAUUAAAACCUAUUCAAGAUGCUAUUUCUAACGCAUUUCAAUUAUUUAAAGAAAGUAAAAUCUUUUCAUCAGAUAAAUAUAUUCAAAGGAAAAGUAAUAAGAUAGCGAAUGAAGAUAGUGUCUUUUAUAUUACUACUUUACAAUCAAUUGAUUAUAGUAAAAAGAUGAUCUUUCAUUCGGAAAAUGUUAUUGAAUAUACUCAAAAUCGUAAAAUUCCUACAACUGAUGAUAAACAUUAUUUACAAAAGAUGUCAAUUCCAAAAAAUCUUAUUAAAGAUAGUUUGGAUUUAAAGGAAUCAAUUAAAGGAUUGAAAAAUGAUUAUGAAGGAAUAUUAAAAAGUUUAGGAUCAAUUCAAGAUGAUCUUCGUGAAUAUAAAUGUGAUGUUAGUGAACGUAUACGAGCAAUUCCUUAUUAUGAAUCACAAAUCCAAGUUCAUAAAAAUAAAUCCCAAAUUCAUUCUUAUAGAUCUAAUAAUUUCUUUCUUUUUGGUGGAGGAAUAAUUUUUGGGGCUUUAUUAAUAGUAAUUUGCGCUCUAGGUGAUAUUUAUUCAUCCAUCAUUUUACCCAUUAAUUUAACGAUGAUGAUAUUUGGUUUCUUAUCGGUUGGAAUAGGUUUAAUAUUUAAAAUGACUUCACGUUUACAUUUAAAUGAAGUUGUUAACAUUGAUGAAGAAUUACAAUUUACUAAAAAUUUAUCGGUAACCACGAAUGAUAAUGAAAUACGAGAAUUAGAACUUCAUUUGAUUGAUCUCAUUUGGCAACUCAAAAUGAUUCUCGCUUAUUGGAAGAAAUAUCAAUUAAAUUUAGAAAAUCUCAUCGUUGAACUUGGACAUGGAAAUAUUAAUAUAGAUCAAGUUGAUGAUUUUUGGUUUACAAUAAAACAACAAU